AAAGGUCGCUUCAAAUCCGAACUGAAUUUCGAUCUUCAAUUGCACAAAUCUCUCGGCGCUUCGCUCUUGAAAUUUCUAAGGAAGAACAAUCAUGGGUCAAGGAACUCCCGGCGGUCUGAAUCGGCAGCUCCCCGGCGAUCGUAAAAAUGAUGACAAGAAGGAUAAGAAGUUCGAGCCGGCGGCGCCGCCGGCCCGCGUCGGCCGGAAACAGCGGAAGCAGAAGGGUUCGGAAGCGGCUGCUCGGCUUCCAACUGUUACUCCGCUGACCAAGUGCAAACUCCGGCUCCUGAAGCUCGAGAGAAUUAAAGACUAUUUAUUGAUGGAAGAAGAGUUCGUGGCUAAUCAGGAACGGCUGAAACCCCAGGAAGAAAAGACCGAAGAGGAUCGAUCCAAAGUCGAUGACCUUCGGGGCUCACCUAUGAGCGUCGGGAAUCUGGAGGAGCUGAUUGAUGAGAACCAUGCCAUCGUUUCUUCUUCAGUGGGGCCGGAGUACUAUGUAUCUAUUUUAUCGUUCGUUGAUAAAGAUCAGCUCGAGCCUGGAUGUGCAAUUUUAAUGCACAAUAAGGUUCUCUCUGUUGUUGGACUUCUUCAAGAUGAUGUAGAUCCCAUGGUUUCUGUAAUGAAGGUUGAGAAGGCUCCUUUGGAAUCAUAUGCUGAUAUUGGUGGACUAGAUGCACAAAUUCAGGAGAUCAAGGAAGCAGUCGAGCUUCCAUUAACUCAUCCUGAGCUGUAUGAAGACAUCGGUAUUAAACCUCCUAAAGGAGUCAUUCUGUAUGGAGAGCCUGGCACUGGUAAAACAUUGCUUGCAAAGGCAGUUGCUAACUCAACUUCAGCUACAUUCUUGCGUGUUGUUGGAAGUGAACUGAUACAGAAGUACUUGGGAGAUGGUCCCAAAUUGGUGAGAGAGCUAUUUAGGGUUGCUGAUGAACUCUCACCUGCUAUUGUCUUUAUUGAUGAAAUUGAUGCGGUUGGUACCAAAAGGUAUGAUGCACACUCGGGUGGUGAGCGUGAAAUUCAGCGUACCAUGCUUGAACUGCUUAACCAGCUAGAUGGUUUUGACUCACGGGGAGAUGUGAAGGUAAUCCUAGCCACUAAUAAGAUUGAGAGCCUUGAUCCUGCCCUGCUUCGACCUGGCAGAAUUGACAGGAAAAUUGAAUUUCCUCUUCCUGAUAUCAAAACAAGGCGGAGGAUUUUCCAGAUACACACAGCAAGGAUGACCCUGGCUGAUGAUGUCAACUUAGAAGAGUUUGUCAUGACAAAAGACGAGUUUUCUGGAGCCGAUAUCAAGGCCAUUUGUACUGAAGCUGGAUUGCUCGCGUUAAGAGAGAGGCGUAUGAAGGUAACUCAUGCUGAUUUCAAGAAAGCCAAGGACAAGGUGAUGUUCAAGAAGAAAGAGGGAGUCCCUGAAGGGCUUUACAUGUAGUGAAGAAUUACUUUUCUCAAUUUGUACGGUGGCAUUCAAUGCUCCUUCUUCCCUUUAUAUCAGCUUUCUGUAAACAUUAAAAGCUCUGCUUCACAACAUUGAUGAAAUCUGUAGCCAUCUGUACUAUGUGAGAACACAUGGCCCCGUCUCACAUCACUGCUUUUGGCUCAAUUUUAUGAAUUAAUUAUUUUCUAAA